AUGAGCGGAAACUCGUCUCCAAGGACUCGCUCUGCAAAGCGCGGUCCCUCCAACUUUGGUCCUACUGAUCCUGCCGAGGCUUCACUCUCUUUACUGGUCUGGGUCUCCGCACCCUCUCAGUCGUCCUCAAGCACGGGGGAGAAGCUGGUUCAGCUGAGCAAAGCGCCUCUUUUGAUUCGAGAUGUGCCCCAGGUCAGAAGAAAGCUGACCAAACGCGACAGCAAGAAUCUCAAUCAUGGAACUUCGAGCGGGUUGAUCGAAGGCAGCUUGCUCGGAAGUGAGGGGCGGACAGGCUCGACGGCGGGCACAUCGACUCAGCAUGGUGCCGCAGCAUGGGCGAAUGCUGGGUCUUCUCAUGGUGGGGCCAACCUUGGCAGCAUCCCCGCCGCGCAAUUAGAAGCCGAGUCUCUGAUCACUUCAGCCAGAGCAGUGAGUCAUGCUCCUGCCACCGUGGAGGGUAUUAGCAGCUCUCGGAAUCCCCUCAGUUUUGUCAAAAGCAAGCCGGGCUGGCUCAAGGGUGAGUCUUGAGCGAAGUGGUAUGCGUCAGUGUGGAGCGGCUCGUCUAAUGCGAUCCCCACCACAGAAAAGUCAAGUCGUUCGAGGCUCACAAUGCCCUCCGGCGUCGAUCCGGCUAUGCUCGGUGGGAGCGCGUCCAGCCUCAGUUCUCCAAUGUUGCCAGGCGGCGUGGGUUCGCUGGGAAAUGCAGGCAGCUCGGUGGCAAGCAAUCGCGGGUCGGGGUGGAGGAGAGGCACAGCUAUUUUCCGAGAGGACGGGGUGUUGAGCAUCUAUGGCGAGGUGAGUGCACAAAUACAGCACCGUCAUGUCUCGUUCGUGCUCACCCAGAGGCGUGCUGUGCACACCUAGGAUCGCGCUCUGCUUCACUCUAUACAUGCCCCAUCUUUGCGAGCGAGCGACGUUCGCAAGGUCGACGAUUCCCUAUUCGCCCGGCCUCACGUGCUGGGAAUAUUUGCCAGUCCCUCCGUCUUCAGUUUGACUAGCGCCAAAUCACCGAGAACGCCAAACACAUUCGUCAGCGCAACCACACCGAGCACGCAAGGUCGGGAUGAGCCAGUUUACCUCUGCUUUCCCUCACUGACGAAGCUGGCUCGAUGGAGAGCCGUUUUGCGAUUGUACGCUCAACCGGAGGUGUAUGGGCCUCUUGGCACGGCAAACGGCACCCACCGGAUCCACAGGCAGAUCGACAUGAGCAUAUUUGAGGCUCGCUUCAAGAGCGCUACACAUACGAGUUCUUCUUCAGCAGAGCAUCCAGGCGGCGGCGGGCGCAUGUUGCGCCAUCUCGCAAGCAGUUCUGGCCACGGCUUGACCCACGUCACAUCGAGCUCAGCCGGCCAGCGAUGGGGACCGUCGAACGGUCCAGACGCUGCCAAAGUGUCUUCCGACCAGCAGACGUCAAGGACAUCUGGUGCUGCGAGCUCACGGGCAAGUGAAGCAGGUGGUCCGAACACGUCUCACUCGGCGGUAUCAAUGCAGCCGACGCGAUCCAGCUCUUCCGACAGCCACUCUGCCCAUGGACACUUUGGCGUCGCGCGACACAGUAGCAGCUCAUCGCCAGCUCCUAGUGCUCGCGUGAUCGUAGAAAGCGACGAGGAAGGGUGCGAUGGUGCUGCGGACAAGAGCGUGGUGACAGGAGGGGAAGAGGACGAGGAUGAUGGAGAAGACGAAGACGAGGCCGUGCAAAGCGGACCCAUAAGCGGCUUGGCUGGAGCUGCGCGUGCAGCUGCCAUUUUUCCUGGCGCGGACACUUGGAACACUGCUGCAGCUACAGAGAAUCUUAAGAGCAAAAAGAGGACUUUGAGGCCUCCGCGCAGGAUCAUGGGAUCGGCGGCAGGCAUCGGCUUGGGUGGUGCUGGUCUCAGUCCUACCGAAGUAAACUCCUAUAGGCUUAGCGCAAGCAACGCGAACUCAUCAGCACAGCCUCCUUUCACGGCGUGCUAUUGCUUGCUCUUUUUGAGCGGCCUGGUGGCCGCGCGCACGAAGGUUAAACACGCACCGAACGGCGGCUUUACCUGGGCAGAGAAGUUCGUCUUGACAGAUCUGCCAGUGCUGGAUGCGCUGCAGAUCGACGUCAUGACUGCAACUGGCAAUCCCCCGAGCCGGGCUGCAGGAAGCAGUACUUCGACUAACGCGAGCUCGGGACAGAGCCUAAAGUACACGCUGACGGGAUCCGUCGAUCUGCCGAUCAACACGAUGCGAAGAGGCGAAGAUAUUGAUGGCUGGUUCCCGGUUUGGGCCCAGCGUUUAGACGACGCUAGUGGCAGUGACAAAUAUGCGCGCCUUGACAUGUCUUACGGAAGGGAAAUGAUUGGCGAGGUCCACCUCAAGGUCCGCGUCCGCGAAGAGAUCAUCCUACCGCGGGUCCAGUACGCCGAGAUAGAAAAGGUGUGUGUGGCUGCGCAUGCUUCUCGCAAUUUCCGCGAGACGUCAUGCUUACGCUCUUUGUCUCUUUCGGCUUCGCUAGGCGCUCAACCGGCCUGGCUGUGUGCCGUUCAUUCAAGCUCUCGCAAAAGAGCUGGACGAUUCGCAGCUCAUUCCUCAUCUUGUAGAUGUCUGGGCCAGCUCCCAAACGAUCGCUGAUCGUAUUGGGGACCUUGCAGAUGCAGAGAGCGCUUCGCAAGGAGGCAGACUGGAAACUGAGUUGCUGUUCAGGUCAGUGCUGUUGCUCCGCUUGCGGACUGGGUACAAAUGCUGAUCGUUCAUCUUGUCUUUCGGCGGGUGCCACGCCUCGCAGAGGAAACACGCUGCUCUCCCGAAGUCUAGAUCAAUUUCAGAGACUAUAUUGCUCAGACUGGCUAGAUGCGUCUAUCGGGCGUAUGGUCCGUCGUAUCUGUACAGAGCGCAUCUGGCUCAACCCUGAUGAUGACAGAGAAGCAACGACAUUGCAAGCGGUCCCAUCGGCAACAAUGCAGACUGCAGGCCCGCCAGUCGCUAGCUCACCCCUCACCAGAAGCGCAACAUCCCACUCCAGCGCGAGCGGAGACAACUCCCAAGGAUCGAUCAACGCCCCCGCCACGCCGGCCUUGAGUACCGUUGAGCGCCUCAAACGGCUAUCCAUACAGAUGUGGGACAGCAUCUACGGCAAUCGCCAUGCGUGUCCACCGUGAGUUGCUGCCAUCGUUCAUUCAGUCCUGCAGAAGCACUUUACUGACCAGCUCUCCUCUCGAUAGGGAUCUGCGCCGCGCGCUGUUCCACAUUCGCACAACUGUCAAUGCUCGUUUCGCUGGACAUGCCAACGUCAAGCCGCCAGGACCAGGCUUUCAAGGAGUGGGUGCAUUUGUCUUUCUUAGAUUGAUUUGUCCCGCUAUCACGUCGCCAAAUCUUUAUGGCCUUACAGCGAGUGAGUCGACCCGCUCCGUGCGGAGUCUCAAGCGUGUGUCCCCUGACGCCGACCGCCGCAUCUCUACAGCGGCUCCCGACUCCCAGAGUCACAAGACCCUGAUGCUCGUCGCCAAAAUGUUUCUCGCUUUGGCGAACAAACGACCUGCUUUUGACAAGGAUAAGGAGCCUUGGCUGGUGCAGGCUAGCGACUUUCUUCGGGUCAGUACUGCAAAGCCACGCAUGCCGGUGCGCCUGACGACUGACACACUUGUCGGCUUCUCAGAACCAAGCCGCAACGUACGACGACUACAUCACGGCAGUGUCGGUGAGUAAGGGUGCGAAGACGUGGCGGCGGCAUUGCUCACCGAGUUCGUGCUUGCACACCCUCAGACCUUGCCACCACAAGCGGCGCCCGAAAAGCUGACUGCGCUCGGCGACGACGAAGACUUUGCACUUCAACGCGCCGCGCAAGCACGGACGGUAGGACUCUCGGUCCUCCAUCGAGAGUCUAUCCCAACUCCAACCUACCUGCUGGACAGACCGUUGGCGCUUGCUUCGCUAGUCUCGUAUGUGGUCCGGACGUUGCACAUGUCUCGUUUCGACGUCGACCGAAUGUCAAGUCUAGGGAAGUCGACAAGCGUAGAGGAAUCAGGCGAUGCUGGUGUCGACGAAGCGCUGGAUUCAUUCAUUGAUGCUUGUUGCAACGCCGAGGACGAGGCAGGCUAUGUUGUGGACACAGCUGGCAUCGACCCGACGCCUAUCGACCUGCAAGUAGAUGGAGCCAGCGUCCACUCUGGAACGUCAUCUUCCAUUUCAAUUGGCACCAGCACUGCGCGAAGCAACCUAGGAGCGCCCAGCUUUGGCAGUGGUAGCAGGACUGCCACGCUGCGUGAGACAGAGUCAUUCAACGAUCAGCAGUACAAUUCCAACAAAUUCGCAUCAUCCUUCGGCAGAUCGCGACGAGCUACGGUAUCUGCAGUCACUUCUAGAGCUGAGCGAAGGAAUGGGAGAGCUUCACCUGCGCUUCCAAGCCACGAUCAAGUCUACACUUCCAUUGGAGGCAACCAAUCGGACGACGAAUUGCGCGCAGCGUACCAGACUUUUCGCGAGACGCCACUUCAAUCGCUGGGCGGCGGCGCGUACACCAAUGAUCGACGACACUCUGCCAAUGUUGCAGGAGGCUACAAUAGCACGCAAGAUGGCGGCGGACCAGACCCAAGCACCUCACAAAUUGACGGCUUCGAUACCCAAUCAUCGACUCACACUUCAUCCACGACUGGCGGUGGCGCAGCUAGAAUGACGUUGAGCGAAGCGUUGGGCGACGAAUUUGUCGACAGGGUCACCAACGAUAAAGCUUCGCACUCCGCUCACCGAGGCGGCAGCGAUCAAGGUGCCCAUGCAGAUGUCUACGACCUUUCGGAUGUCGGCCGAGCACUCUCGAGCGAGAUUCACUCCUCGCCCAACCCUCGCUUUGGUGAUCAUGGCCUGGUGUCUACGCCGAGCAGCGCGAGCAAACGCCGAAAAAGUUGGUGGAAGCGCUAG